UGGCGAUGGGCACAUAAACUUAGGGCUUGGGAAGAGCCUGGAAUCUUCUUUGGCUAUGGCGAUGACGAGCUCGUCAAGCAAGAAGACGACGAAGAAGCAGCUCGUCGGAGACGCGCCAUGGCGGUCGCGCCCCGGUGAGCCUCCGCUGCCUCGAAUUUCUCCUCCAAGCGCGAUCAUCGUCAGCAAAAGCAGGAAUUUCGACUACGCCCUCAGCAUCAUGAAGCAUCCGGAUCCAAUUGGCAUGGGAUUGGCAGAGGAGGCUAUGGUGGAAGCAGCAGGCCCGGAUUGCAUCAUCCCUGGCCUCGUCAAACCUGUUAAAGUUCUUGGAAUCCAGGUGUGAUGUUUCUAGUGUGGCCGAUCGAUGUGAAGCCUCCCACAGUCAAUACCAAAGCGUUGCAACCGGUUUUCCGCGAGCUCAAAUCUCUGAGCAAGUUGCUGGAGAAAGCAGUGGAUUUGUCACAAGCACCAUUUCAAGCACGGUAGCUGUGUGUAACAGUAAGGAAAUCCACUCCAGAUAUACGAUAACAAUCACACGAAUUUUUUUUCUCUCGCGAUCCUUCUCGUGUUCCUUCAUACUUUGCUAAGUCGGUGUUACACGGGUACUGGCAGUAUUGCUUCCUCUGACUUUGAUGCAUCCGGUGGUACACACGGAUUUGAUCGACGCUUUUAAAAAGUUUUGGAUUCGUGGCCACGAGCUCGAGCUUCUUCCUCAAUGGAAAGCGCGGCCUCUCAGUUUGCGGGACUCUUCCAGUCGGGGAUAAGUGAUGCUACAGCAGGUUCUCCAGCAUUGCCUCCGAGAGAUUUUCUCAAGCUCGAUGAUGGUGUGGUGGAAUCUCUCUCCGACAACAGCUUGAGCUGGAUGGCACGCAUGGAAUCGGAUGGACAGUCGUGGUGGGCAUGGGCAGAUGGAAGUGGUGGUGAUAAUGAAUCAGGAAUCAGCAAAAGGAACAGGAUCACAAAGCGCUCCAGACCCUCUUGGACGUCGGAUUCAGGGGCUUCCAGCAGGCGUCAAAUGCAACAAGAAAGCUUCGACUCUUCUCUCCCGCGAGCUUCUACUUCCUCUUCUUCUUCAGCUACCGGUCGUCGAGAUUUGAAGCAGCUAGUAGAUAGAUUGGACUACACAGACCAAGUCAGCGGUGACGAAUACGCAGCACUGCUCAAGAAGUGUGGGAGUCUCAGAGCUUUGGACGAGGGGAGGCGAGUCCACGCUCACAUUCUCCUCAGCAACCGGUCCAACGAGAGGUUUAUUGCGAACUUGCUGGUGGAGAUGUAUGGGAAGUGUGGCAGCUUGGAAAAUGCGAGGGCCGUGUUUGAUGGGAUCUCCAGGAAGAACCUCUUCUCUUGGAAUAUCAUCCUGGCAGCGUAUGCCCAGAAUGGGCAUGAGGCGGAGGCACUGUCUCUUUUCCAGAGGAUGGAUUCUCACGUCCCUCCGGACAAGUUUACGUACAGCACCGUGAUCAGUGCUUGCUCCACGCUUGGUGCUCUCGAGCAAGGCAUCGCAAUUCACAAGAUGGUGGAAAAAGUUGGCCUGGAAGCAGAGACUGUUGUUGGGACGUCGCUCGUCAAUAUGUAUGGGAGGUGCCACAGCUUGGGAAACGCGAGGUUGGUAUUUGAGAGGAUUCCUUGUAAGGAUGCUAUCACCUGGAAUGCUAUCGUUACGGCCUACGCUCAAGAUGGGUCUGGGAAGGAGGCUCUCGAGAUUUUCCAGAGAAUGCAGCAGGAAGGCGUCAAGACUGGCUCGGCUACGUUUAUAAGUGUUCUGGAAGCGUGCGCGAGCACCUCGGCACUGGCACUGGGAAGAGUGAUCCACCAAAACUUGGUGGCGAAUGGACUGGACAGGGAGCUUAUCGUGGCAACAGCACUCGUCAACAUGUAUGCAAAGUGCGGGAAGCUGGUGGAGGCAAGAGAGGUGUUCGAUCAGAUGGAAGGAAUGGACGUGGUAGCAUGGACGGCUAUAGUGGCAGGAUCAGCUCAGCACGGACAUAUCGAGGAGUCCAAGGACUUGAUGAGAAGAAUGGAGCUGGAAGGAAUCAAGCCCAACAACGUGACGUUCCUGAGCUUGGUUUACGCAUGCAGCCACUCAGGAUAUCUGGACGAGGCUCGGGACUGCUUCAUAGCAAUGGCAGAUCAUGGAUUCUUCCCGCUGCCAGAGCACUUCAGGUGUGUCAUUGAUCUUCUAGGACGGGGAGGCAGGCUUGAGGAGGCGCAGGAAGUGAUCGACGCUAUGCCGUUCGAGCCAGGCUUAACAGCAUGGCUAACAAUGCUUAGUGCCUGUAGACUGCAGAAAGAUGUUCUACGGGCCGAGAUUGCUGCGGAGAAGUGCUACGAGAUUGAGCCGACACGUCCUUCCGCUUAUCUUCUCAUGUCAAACCUCUACGCUGCUCUCGAAAGGUGGGACGAUGUUGAGAAGGUGAGGCGACUCAUGGAAAGGCGAGGUGUGAAGAAGGAACCGGGCCUGAGCUGCAUAGAAGUGAAAAACAGGCUACACGAGUUUGGUGCUGCCGAUAAAUCUCAUCCACAGAAGGACUUGAUCUACGAAGAGCUGAGGAAGUUGACGCUGGAGAUCAAGGAAGCCGGCUAUGUGCCAGACACAAGCUUGGUGCUACAUAAUGUAGACGAGGAAACGAAGCAAGCAACGCUUUUCCACCACAGUGAAAGGCUGGCAGUUGUUUACGGUCUGAUAAACACACCUCCUGGUACGAGUCUGUGCGUUGUCAACAAUCUCCGGAUGUGUUCCGACUGUCACACAGCUUUCAAGUACAUAUCGACUAUCUCCAAUCGGCAAAUCGUGGUCAGAGACGCAAAUCGGUUUCAUACGUUUGCAACGGGUGGGUGUUCUUGCAAGGACUACUGGUGAUGACAAGUGAGCUCGU